GCCAGCUCAGGUGCAGACUGGAUGAGGAGCGGCGCAGGCGCGCUAGAAGCGCGUGGGUCAGCUGGAGAGCCAGGGAGCCGUUCUCGUCCUUGCGCACCGGCCACGUGAGAAAUCCGGGCUUCCCUCCCUGAUCCCGGCGCUCCCAAUCCCAAAUCUCCCAGCUGGUUCUUCCUCGACCUCCCCCCACCCUCAGCUGUGCUUCAUGUUGGGGUUCCUUCUCUAGGCUCUGCUCCCCCCGUUUUCCCUUGGCAGUGAGAGAGCAGGAGGAAGAGCCCUUUCCCCCACCACUGCCCACACACCACCCUCCUUCUGGUUCUUCUCCAGGGUUCUGAUCCCAAAGCUCUCUUGCCUGUCCAUCCCUGAUCAGCUGCAUCUCACACUCUCUUCUCUGUCCCAAAGUACAGCCUUAUUCAUUUCCAUUCUAGCUUUUCUUGGUCGAAUCCCCCAGUAACUGGCAACCCCAGGCCCUGAUCACCCUCCCCAUGUGCCCAAUCCAGUGCCUUCCUUGCCCUGUUCCUUUCCCCCUGGAAACCCUUCGUCUUGCCACCCCCUUCCUAUCUCACACUGACAACUUCCUUUUCCCGUCCCUCAUCCAUUUCUUUUCUAAAUACUAGUCCCCAAUGGUUUCCCCCUAUGUCUUCCUUGCACGUGAGGUGGUGACUUCCCUAAAUGUGUCCUCCACCCACCCUGCCUUCCACGCCUGCUGAUUCUUCUUCCUUCCUCCUAACACCAUCACUGACCCCGCUUUGACCUUCUGAGGACUCGUAACCAAGAGCUGUGUUGCUUCCAUUUCUUCCUUUCCAUACACCACCCUUGUUUGAUCUCCAGAGUCCCAGCUGCUCUUCCAUGCCUCCUCCCACCCUUGAGGACUUCAGGCCUUCUUCGCUAGAGAAGCUCCCAUCACCUUUCUUGUAGUCUCCCCCACACACACCAAUCCCAUCUCCCUCCUAUCAUGGACUUCCUUCUAAGUGGGGUGGCAGCCUGUGGCGCUUGCCUAUUUACCAACCCUCUAGAGGUGGUGAAGACUCGGAUGCAGCUUCAAGGAGAGCUCCGUGCGCCUGGCACCUACACCCGCCAUUACCGCAAUGUCUUCCACGCCUUUUACACCAUUGGACGGGUGGACGGUCUGGUGGCACUCCAGAAGGGACUCUUGCCUGCCCUACUCUACCAGUUUGGCAUGAAUGGGAUCCGCUUGGGCUCCUAUGCUGUCGUCGACUCGUCUGGCUACAUCCGCACGCCUGAUGGACGGAUCAGCCCUCUACGCAGCACUCUUGCUGGGGCAUUGGCUGGGGUGCUGGGCGCCAUCACGAGCAGCCCCAUCUAUCUGGUGAAGACACACAUCCAGGCUCAGUCAGCUACAGAGAUUGCUGUAGGGCAUCAAUAUCAGCAUCAGGGGAUGCUCCACGCGCUGGUGAUGAUCCACAAAGAACACGGCUGGAUGGGACUGUGGCGGGGAGCCAUCUCGGCUGUGCCCCGAGUCAUGGUGGGCUCCGCGACGCAGCUCAGCACCUUUUCUUCGUCUAAGGAGUUCAUUGGCCAACUCGGGAUCUUCCCUAAAGACAGUUGGCUGGUGGCCCUGAGUGCCGGAAUGACGAGUAGUUUUGCAGUGGCCAUCUCCAUGACCCCUUUUGAUGUGGCAAGCACCCGCCUCUACAACCAGCCCGUUGGGCCUCAGGGCCAGGGCCUGAUGUAUAAGGGGCUCUUUGACUGCCUUGCCAAAAUUGUCCGCAAGGAGGGAUUCUUUGGGAUCUACAAGGGACUGGGAGCCUCCUACUUCCGCAUUGGGCCUCACACCAUUCUCAGCCUGCUCUUCUGGGAUCAACUACGCAAAGUCUAUGCACGUUGGACACAGGAGCGGUGAUGCCAACUUGCUGGGAGUGCAGUGUGCCAAACAUAAAUGCCUUGUCUGUUGGCAGGAGUCAGUCCCUCUUUCUCCUCUGUAUCUGCCUUCAGCCCAGGACUGUUGUGAGCCAAGCCUCUUUCACACUCUGUGUAUGCUCCGGAGCUAGCAGUGAGAAUAAGGCUUGUUCACUCUAGCCACAAGCUGGCGUAGCUCUUUGAUAUGGCAACCAGGUAUGAUCUGGACACGCAAGUAGGACAAACGACAAAUAUUUAUAUACCGCUUUUCAACAAAAGUUCUCAAAGCGGUUUACACAGAGAAAACAAUAAUAAAGUAAUAAGAUGGAUCCCUGUCCCCAAAGGACUAACAGUCUACAAAGAAACUUAAGACAGACACCAGCAACAGCCACUGGAGGGAUGCUGUGCUGGGGUUGGAUAGGGCCAGUUGCUCUCCCCCAGAGAAAUAGAAGAGUAUCCCCACACAGAAUAAGAUUUUUUUAAAAACAAAAACCCCACCCCUUCCCAAGCAGCAGUGCUUUUAAGCAUAACUUGCCAUGAUUGCUUGACUCCAGCAGGCAGUAUCUUGGGAAAGAUGCUAAAAUUUUGCCUGUGCUCUACUAUAGACAUACAGAAGGGUCCUUGACUGCUAGGACAGGAGUUCCCAACCAUAGCGCACGCACACACACACACCCCGAUAGUGUUGGACUACAACUCCCAUCAUCCACUGCCACAAUGGAUGGUGGGAGUUGUAGUCUGACCAUCUGAGGACCCAAGGUUGGGAACCCCUGCCCUAGGACAGGCCUGCAGAAUUGGUACGAGCCAAGUUAAGCACAGCUUACUAGCCACGUAUAUUAUGAUCUGCCAGGGUACUUGGCAACUGCCUUCUGCAGUCCCAGGCAGGCAGCUGCCCCCCACCCCACCCCACCCCCCACUGCAAAAAGGCUCCUGAGCUCUGGUAGGCUGGGUCGGGCUUGGUGCAGGGUUGCUAAGUCUGGUGCUGAAAGUUUCUCCACCCUCAAUAUUUUCCUCCAUGCUUUCCCCCCACCUGCCCCCAAUAACAAGCUAUUAACAUCUCCAGGAUUGAUUUCAAGGGUCCCCCCUGGACCGUGGAGAUCAAGGCCCAUUCCUGGGGGGUUGAAGAUCGGGUCAGCCUUUACAAAGGUUCACACAAGGCUUGCCGCAGACUCGGUGUAUCUUCUCUUCUGGCCCUUCAACAGCCUAAGAGACACGCCCGUAGCAACCAAGACAUGCCUGUAGCUCCUCCUCAGGCCAGUGAUUCUGGAACAUGGGUCCCCGGCUGUUGGACUACAGUUCCCAUCAUCCCACAUGCCACUAUGGUGUCUGAGCCUGGUCAGUGGCUUUAGCUCAAUUGUCAACUGGGGGUAGCCCCCCUCAAAGGAAUGGUGUGCUUCUAAAUUGGGGUCAGAGCAACUUUCUACUGCAGGUCGAUCCCUAGGAAAGCAUAGAGUAACUCCCGGUCCACCACAAAAACCAAACGCUGUUGUGGCAGGGGGUGAUGGGAGUUGUAGUCCAACAGCAGCUGGAGACUGCCUAUCUCAGAAUGCUGAGUUAGGCUGUCUCUAUUAAAAUCCAUGCACUGCAUGAGGACCACCUCUGGGGGCGCUAAGUAUAGUGCCCUCCCCUUCAACUGCUCUGGGCCCAUUUUCCUCUUGCCCACAGAACUGGAACAGGGCGAGAGUUUCAUUAUCUGGGGAUGAGACUUCCUGGUUACCUUCUGACACCAUUUUGCUGACUGUGUCCCAGGGCAAAAGUGAUAGCUGGCCGUAGGGAAGAAUGAAGAAAUGCAGGACUUUCUCAUGGCUAUGAGUGGGCAGCAGGAGGGAAAUGCCACGCCUGACCCGCAUGAACACAAAGACUUCCAAGAAUUCCAAGAUAGGAAUUCACACUCUUUCUAAAUCCCGGCCUUGUUUUAUACGGACGUUUUGGCGUUCCUAAAAACACUUUUAAAAACUCGGGUUACAGCAAAGGGAAUUAUCAUUUCCUCUUAACCUGCUGUUGUUGCUGCUGGUUCUGAUGUUAAUUAUUUUCUCCCUUUGGUUUGAGGGUGUUAAAGCUUUUCUAUUUAUUUCAGAUUAAAUUUUAUGGCUCUGUUUGCUGCUUUGAUAAUAAAUUGUUUUGAUUCCGA